AUGGGCCGGGGCUGGGCAGCCGGCGCAGGGGAGCCGGCCUCUGGCCUCGCCUCCCCGGGGACAACACGGGUUCGCAGCGCGGUCACGUGGGUCCCGCCGCCGCCCCUAUAUAGCGCGGCGCGGCGCGGCGCGUCCUGUCCUGCGGCGGAGCGGCGGCGAGCGGCAUCUGGCCCCGGAGCGGCGGCUGCGAUGCGGGUCAGGAUGAUUUCGGCUGCCUCCGUCCUCGUCCUGCUCUUCCUGCCCUCGGAGACCUGCUCGCCCCUGCAGUGGCCCCGGGGCCCAUCCCGCAGGCUGACCCUGGCCCCCCAACCCACCUGGGAGCCCUGGCCAGGAGCCCCAAGACCCUCGGUCCCUACCGCCGGCCUCCUGCCCCAAAGACUAUGCCAACCUUGUGGGGCAGAGCCCACCCCGGCCCCCCGCGCCCCGCGAGCGCUGCAAACCGGCAAGAGGCGAGACGGCAAACCCAACUCGCUGGAUCUCACCUUCCACCUCCUGCGCGAAUUCCUGGAGAUGUCCCGGGAGGAGAGGCUGGCCCAGAAGGCGCUCAGCAAUAAGCUUUUGCUGCAGAGUAUAGGAAAAUGA